AUGUACGCCAAUUCGCCCCAUGGCCAUGGACUCAUGGCCGCGCCCGCAGCCUUGAACCGCUCCUUUUCUGAUAUGAAUGGAUACCAGCAACAUGCCAUGGAAAAACCUCAGAUAUACACGGCUGUUUACUCGGGCGUAUCCGUCUACGAAAUGGAAGUCAACCGCGUGGCCGUCAUGCGCCGACGCUCUGACGGCUGGCUCAACGCUACCCAGAUCCUAAAGGUUGCCGGCGUCGACAAGGGGAAGAGGACAAAGGUGCUGGAGAAGGAGAUUCUGACUGGCGAGCACGAGAAGGUCCAGGGCGGUUACGGCAAGUAUCAGGGCACAUGGAUCAACUACCGCCGGGGACGUGAAUUCUGUCGCCAAUAUGGCGUCGAGGACGUACUGCGUCCGCUCUUGGACUACGAUAUCAGUCUUGACGGCAACCAAGGCCAGGGACAAGCCAUGGAAACACCGACCAAGGAGCAGGCCAUGGCUGCAAACCGCAAGCGCUUCUACACCCAGAGCAUGGACGGUCGCAGCACUAGCCAGGCCGUGACUGGCACCUUCUUCAGCAAUAUCUCCUCGACAGCCACCAGCGCGCUUGCAGCCAUGAACAAGGUCGCCAGGCUUAAUUCGCCCGCGCCUCGUCCAGCAUCAUCAUCGCAGGGUCGGAGGAGCAUGGCGCGACCAUCACACGCCCCACUCGCCAGCCAGGAAUCCUUCCGCACCAGCAGCCAACAGAGCAUCGCAUCGGAGCGCAGCUUCAGUUUCAGCGGACAGAAUGCCCAUACUGACUCGGCUUACGGCACGGCCCUGGAAGACGCGCUUGAGCCACCGAGAAAACGUAUGCGAGCUUCACAAGAAGAUAACAACUACUCGCAACCCAAUGGCGCAAACGUAUCCAUGGCCGACUUGCCCUCACCAACCGAGCCGAAUGAGAGCUUCUACCAACAUCAAUCCGGAAAUCGCAUUGCCCUCCCUGAUGGCGACGUCCCGUCCGCCCUGCCGCCGCUACCACAUCCAGACACCAAGCAUAACGAGGAGAAGCAAGCAAUGCUGACCGACUUGUUCGCCGAUCAGACUAGGACUGACUUUACCAAUCACCCAGCUAUACUCCAUCUCUCUGGCGCCGAUCUUGACAUGCCCAUUGAUAACACAUCCAACACAGCGCUGCACUGGGCUGCCACUCUCGCUCGUGUAUCUUUGAUGCGCCUACUGGUAUCCAAAGGCGCCAACAUGUUCAGAGGGAAUGCGUCUGGCCAAACGCCACUAAUGAGCGCCGUGUCCGUCAACAACAGCCUGGAUCACAGCUGCUUCCCAGAAACACUGGAGAUUCUAGCGCCGCUGAUCGAACUGCGCGACACCCAAGGACGUACCAUAUUACACCACAUUGCGGUGACGUGUGCCAUAAAAGGGCGCGCAGCCUCCAGCAAGUAUUACCUCGAAGCGCUACUGGAAUACCUUGUUCGAAGCAAUAUCGUCGCCAGCCAGAUGCCCUCUUUCCACGACAACACAAACUACCCAAAACCAAUCGGGCUCAUGAGAUUCAUGCAAGAAAUGGUCAAUGCGCGCGACAAGCAUGGCAACACAGCGUUGAAUUUGGCUGCACGGAUAGGGAACCGCAACAUCAUUUCCCAGCUCAUGGAAGUCCAGGCCGACCCAACAAUACCCAACUACAAGGGCACUAGGCCAGUUGAUUUCGGCGUGGGCAGUGAUUUGGCCGACGGCGAAGCUAUCAUGGCAGCAGGCGGCAGUCCUAACAAAGGUAAGGCACCGUUGAGCAAAGUAGAAGAGACUAGCAGAGAGAUAGCGCCCCUAAUUAAUGGCAUUCUGCAGUCCGCUUCGAUGCAAUUUACGCAAGAAGCACGACUAAAACAGGACGCAAUUGAUCACACAAACGAACUCAUCACACAAUUAUCCAGCCAGCAGAAGCAAGAACAGCAACGAUUAGAGUCACUACGCGCACGGUUGCACCUACGCCAAGACUGCGCCAAGCGCAUCUCGAAUCUCAAGCGCUGGCUUGAGCCGCAACGGCAUAUGCUCUCUGUGAAUGCCGGGGCAAUCGACUUGCACGACAAGAAGCGAAUUGGCUAUGCUGAUGCAGAAGGUGCAGGUUUGCUCAUUCAGGAAGACGACUUGCCGUAUGAGCUUCGACAAGCGGGUGACCACCUCGAUCGACGGGCUUCGGAUGGUGCUGCCUACCUAUCAACACAGAUACCACUGGACCCGUCUACGUUGAAUCGUGUAUCGUAUCAACCGCAAUACGAAGAAUUCGCCGUCAAAGUCCUACCGUCCACUUCUGUUCUCCGACAACGCCUUGAGACGUACACGACUACCAACGCUGCGCUUUUGAAGCGUAGUAGGAUGUUGAAAGAAAAGGAUGGGCAACUAGAGAUGAUGUACCGCAAAGUGGUCAGUCUCUGUACCAAGGUCGAAGAGAGCAGAAUAGAAGAGUGUCUGGAAGGGCUGGUAGCUGCCCUGGAUAGCGAAGAGGGAGAGGGAGUUGAAGUGGGCCGUGUCAGGGAUUUCCUGAAGAAGGUCGAGGGCGUAGAAUAGGAGUGGGAACUGCAUCCAACUAUGAGUCAUGUA